AUGUUCCUGACAUUGAACAGGAUGCCGCUGAAAGGAAACGUGUCCUUAAUGUUUUGGCGCAGCGUCGCUACCGACGUUCCCAAAGCUUCUUCAGCGCAAGCUACUGCGCCAACGUCUUUGGACGGUCUAGAGCAUUUCCCACCCACACCACCAUCCAUAGACGACGGCGUGAGACAAUUGGAUCUGGACUUUGAUUUGCUGCAUGAUACCAUUGGCGUAUCUGAAGCCGAACUAGAUCUCUCCUCACAAGAUGUGUUGGGACUUGUAGCAAACGAGAAGGAUGCGGACCGGUCAUUUCUCGUACCAGGGGCCCUCCCAUCGUCCCUAGCGGACGCAUUGCCCUUCACAACAAAUCUUGAAACAGCCUUCGCCUUGCAGUUCCCACCCUUUGGUGCUUUGGAUGAACCGACGACUCUAUCGGCGAACACCGUGUCCUCCUCAUCGACAUUGCCGUUUACGCCAUCAUCAACAGAGGAGUUCGACUUUCCAGACUCCUAUCUCCUCCCUGUCCACGAGCUCACCCUCCUCCGUGGGCUGUUGCGCGUCUCGACAAGAAUAGGAUGCGACACGUCCGAAAUCUGGUCGCCGACAUGCCUCUCCCCGUUCAACACCAACACAGGCACACCAGCUGCUCUGCUCCCUCCCAACUGGCGGCCGACAUCUUCGCAGAUCACGGUGCCGCACCACCCGCUCCUUGAUCUCCUCCCCUGGCCCUCGGCGCGGGACCGUAUCAUUGUGAUUUUCAACUUGCCCGACGAGGCGCGGCCGGCGCAUGCGCGGGGCGCCAUGGCUCUCUUCAACUUUGCGUACGACUUUGAAGACAGCGCCGAGGGCGCCAGAAUCUACGGCGACGAUCCGUGCGAUGGGAACAGCUGGGAGAUUGGUCAGGUGCUUUUUGAGAGAUGGUGGUUUUUGUUUGAUAGGGCGAUUGUGCAAGGGAGUAAUCGAUGGAGAGCACUCAGGGGGGCACCGCCGUUGAUGGUCAAGGAUGUGACGGAGUCCUAG